CCUUCUGGCGAUGAGAGUUCUGCAACCAAAACCCCCUGGAAAGGCAACCACUCAACAAGCAUCAGUACCAAAAGCUCCUGCUGCUGAAUCUCUAAAUCUUUCUUGAGGAGUGAGCUCAUGCCUAAGUGUUGCUCAAAAUUGCAAGGUAAUAUUUCAUCGAAAGACUUCAUAUUCAUUUCUUUUAAGCUGAAUCUGGAGAUUUUUGGAUUCUCUUCAAACUGGUCAUGACCCAUUUGCAGAAACUCAGAGUGGCAUCUAUUCUCAAAUGGGUUUCUUUAAAUUUUUAUGAGAACCACCUUAGAUCAUCAGCAACCCCAUUUCAGCCAAUUGGGUCUUUCUCCAAUGCCGAAAGCCCUAGACUUUACAGAACAAAAAGGGCUUCUGAAGAUAAAGAUUCAGAAAUUUUGGAUAAGUCCUCGACUGGUGAUGAAAAAAAUGCUGGUCGAAUAUCUAGUUCCAUUAAAAAAGAAGCGCAAGCUGCAUUGCUGGAUUAUUUGCAUGGUACAAGAGGGUUACAGUUCAUGGAUGCAGAGAAUAUGAGUAAAAACUCGCCGCAUUUUCUGGACAAACUUUUGAAACGGGUUGAUAGUGAAAAAGAGAUUCUCAUGAAAAAGAAUAAUAAAAAAGAAAUUGGGCGAGAAAUUUCCCGGUUCUUGAGGUACCACCCUAUUAACGAAUUUGAGCCUUUCUUUGAAAGCUUGGGUUUGAAACCUUCUGAGUAUUUUCCUCUUCUUCCACGUAGUUUGAUGUUUUUGUCUGAUGAUAAGUUGUUGAUUCACAAUUAUACUGUUCUAUGUCAUUAUGGGAUUGCACGCAAUAAGAUAGGAAAGAUUUACAAGGAAGCGACAGAAGUCUUUCAAUAUGAUUUUGAGGUUUUGCUAUCAAAACUUAAAGCUUAUGAAAAACUCGGUCUUAGCCAACCUACUUUGAUUAAGUUUCUUGUUGCUAGUCCUUAUCUUUUAAUUGGGGAUGUAAAUGUGGAAUUUGUUAAGGCAUUAGAAAACUUGAAGAGUAUUGGAUUUGAAACCAAUUGGAUUGAGGGGAAUUUAUCGGCAGAUAGUUCUUAUAAUUGGAGCCAGAUGCUUGAAGUACUAAGGUUGUUUAGUGAGAUGGGUUGCAGCAAUGAGCAUUUGGGUGAAUUGAUUGGCCAGCACCCAUAUAUUUUAUUUGAGGGUUCAGGGGAAAGGACAAUUUCACUAAUUGGAUUGUUACUGAAAUUUGGAUCCACAAAGAGCCAGUUAUGUUCAAUGUUUCUACAAUUUCCACAGAUUCCAGUUGUGAAAUUCAUUUCAAAUUUGAGACAGUGCAUUUUGUUCCUGAAUGAGAUUGAGAUGAAGGUUUCAGAGAGUGGGAAGAUUGUCCAUUCCCAUCCCCUGCUACUGGGCUCGAUUUCUUUGAAAAAAGCUAACAGCUUACUCAAUAUCUUGAACACUGGGAAGACACGAUUGUGUAGAUACAUCCAGGAGAACCCACAAGAGUUGAAGAAUUGGGUUUUGGGCAAAAGAGUUGAUCCAUUUCCAGGCUCAGGAGAAAACCGUAUAUCAAAGACACAAAGGACUAAGUUCUUGUUAGAUAUAGGAUUUGUAGACAACUCAAACAAAAUGAAAAAAGCCCUUCGAGGAAAGGGAGGGGAGCUUCAAGAAAGAUUUGACUGCAUUGUGAAAGCUGGUUUGAGUCAGGAGGAUGUCUGUGAAAUGAUUAAAGUAAGCCCUCAAAUUCUUAACCAGACGAAGGAUGUCAUUGAAUUGAAGAUUGAUUUUCUUGUAAAUCAAUUGGGUUAUCCCCUGUCAUCCUUGUUGACCUUCCCAAGAUAUCUUUCCCAUAAAAUUGAAAGGGUCCAGCAUAGGAUAUUCAUGUACAAUUGGCUCAAAGAUCACGGAACAGCUGAUCCUGGGCUUUCCUUGAACACUAUUAUUUCUUGCUCAGAUACAUAUUUUAUAAAAUAUUAUGUAAAUCGUCAUCCUAGUGGUCCUCAAGUUUGGCAGGAUCUGGAGAACGAAAUUUAUUCCAAAUCCAAGUACUAAAGUAUUCAUUGCUUUUACUGUUUUGUUUUGUUUUGUUUUUUUUCUUUCUGCAUUGCUGGUUUUCUUAAGUUGAUACUAAAAUAAUUUUUCCAUGUUUAUUUUACAUGCUGAGAAUUUUCUUUUGAGCAUGUACAGGCAAGAUGACAUAUAUGAAUAUAUACAAGCAAAGUUUAUUUAGCACCAGGUUAUUGUACCUUGUGAGUGUGUGUUCGUGUAUGCAUGCAUUUCCCGUUUUGAGCAAUUGACUGUCCAUGUUCUAUAUAGAUGCUAAAUCAGUCUCUGUUUUGCUUUUUUAUAUUUUUUUUUCUGAGAGAAAUAAGUCUUCUGUUUAUAAUGGUGAAAGUCAUUUAUUGAUUUUUUUUUCAAUAAUAUAAUGCAGUUUUCUUUUUUGUUUCACUCUUUUUGUUCCAAUGAGCAAGAUCUUAUUAGUUAUGACUGACCGAGUAUAUCGCCACUUUACCACAGCCGAUUGCACUUCCGCAUACAAUAGUUGUUCAGCUUAAAAUAGCUUAUCAUCAUGAGAUGACCCUGAAAACUUAUGUCAUCAGUUUGACUUCUGUUACCAUAGGUCAACAGUUAUCUGGUUUUAGUCUUAUAAAAGUUGCAGUGCUUUACCUGAGUUAUUGUUAUUUCAUGUUGCUGCAUAAGGAGAAUGCUUGGGGUAAUAAGAAAUAGCAUGCAUGGUUUGAAUGAAAUUUGACCUAUUAUCUGUCAAAGUACUUCCCAUAUUUUGUUUUACAGAUUUGAAACUCUUGGCCACGAGUUGCCAAAAACAGAUGAAAAGGUAGAGCAAUGAUCUGCAAUGGUGGCUCAUGCUUGCUGUAGUCUCUGCAUGAAAGCAUGAAUGAAGGAAAUGGCCUAUGCUGAGAGAAAACUGUUAGCUUGGUUGAGAGUUUAUACUUUCACCUUUUUCAUUCGUUUCUAAAUUUUAUUGAAUGCCCGGAAGUAAUUGUUAUUGAGAUGGUGUACAUGAUUUUCGAACUGGCUGUGCCGGUAGUUGGAUUAUUGCUCAAUGGAGUUUGUUGAAGCCUUGAAGCAUUCUAAAGCAUGUUCAUUAACAGAUUCACUGUUCU